GGCAUGGCCGAGACGCAGGGAGAUAGAAUCGAUGUCGGCGGCGGCGUGGGGGGAGGCGCUGGCGGCGGUGGGCGGGACGGCGGGGAGCAGCACCACGGUGGUGUCCAUCUGCGUGUUCACGGCGGUGCUGUGCCUGUGCCUCGUCGCCGGCCACCUCCUCGAGGAGAACAAGUGGGUCAACGAGUCCAUCACCGCGCUCAUCAUCGGGUGCCUCAUUGGAGCGAUCAUAUUUCUGCUCACCAAAGGGAAGCAAUCGCACAUCCUGAGGUUCGAUGAGCAGCUCUUCUUCAUCUACGUGCUUCCACCCAUAAUCUUCAAUGCCGGGUUUCAGGUCAAGAAGAAGCAGUUCUUCCACAACUUCAUGACCAUCAUGUCUUUCGGGGUAUUCGGUGUUUUCAUUUCGGUUGCAAUAGUUUCCGCAGGCUGCUACUGGCUCUUCCCGAAAGUUGGAUUUGGAGAACUUGACGCAUCAGAUUAUCUAGCUUUGGGAGCCAUAUUCUCUUCAACAGAUACCGUGUGCACAUUGCAGGUCAUAAACCAAGAUGAGACACCAAGGUUGUACAGCCUGGUGUUUGGAGAAGGAGUCGUCAAUGAUGCAACAGCAGUUGUUCUUUUCAAUGCUAUAAAGAAUCUCAAUAUCAGUCAGCUCAAAGGCGGGGUUGUGCUAAAAGUCAUAUCUGAUUUUCUCUAUCUGUUCGCAACCAGCACUAUCCUUGGAAUCUCAAUCGGUCUAUCGACUGCUUAUAUUCUCAAAGCUCUGUAUUUGGGUAGGCAUUCAACUGACCGAGAGGUAGCGCUGAUGGCUCUCAUGGCUUAUUUAUCAUAUAUGCUGGCAGAGUUGCUAGACCUGAGUGGGAUUUUGACUGUGUUCUUUUGCGGCAUUGUCAUGUCCCAUUAUGCAUGGCACAAUGUGACAGCGAACUCAAGAAUCACAACAAAGCAUAUAUUUGCAACAUUAUCAUUCAUCGCUGAGACAUUCAUCUUUCUUUAUGUUGGUAUGGAUGCCCUUGACAUUGAUAAGUGGAAGACAUCAAAGGCAAGUUUUAAGACAUCCAUCAGUAUCUUUGGUAUCAUCAUCCUGUUUGUGUUACUUGGACGGGCUGCAUUUGUUUUCCCUAUAUCCAUUUUGUCAAAUAACAUGAGUGGAAGUUCUGAGAGAACGCCAAUCACGUUCAAGCACCAGGUUGUCAUUUGGUGGGCUGGGCUCAUGAGAGGCGCUGUUUCGAUUGCACUAGCAUAUAAUCAGUUCACGUUUUCAGGGGUAACAUCAGAUCCAGUUCAUGCCACCAUCAUCACCAGCACAAUCAUUGUAGUAUUUUUCACCACUCUGGUAUUUGGCUUCCUGACUAGGCCUCUCAUAACUGCCAUGCUCCCGCGUCACUCGAGGGCGCUGUCCAGAGGCCAUAGCACUGGCAGUAACUCCCCAAAGGAUGACUUCACCAUGCCAUUUUUCUCAACUGAUGAGGACGCAUCUGGCAGUGGUAUCGUCUUGGAGCAAGCCAAGAGAAGCAUAUCUAUGCUGCUAGAGAGGCCUGUCCACACGGUCCACAUCUACUGGAGGAAGUUCGAUGACAAGUUCAUGAGGCCAAUCUUCGGUGGACCGCAGUCACACUGACUGUGCAUGAAGCAGAGCCAGAUGCUGCCAUAUACAUCUGGGGUUCUGAAAUCAAGCGCAGAUAAAGAAGGUGCGUCUAUGGUGGCGAUUCCCUGUUUAGUUUCACAAUGCCAAAUGCAGAAGGCAAAGCUUUUGGCUCGCAGCCCUGAGACUGAACCUGAAAUAGAAAUGUCUGGCAUUAGGAAGCUGUCAUAUAAAACAGCUACUGUGUUUGGCAGGCUGACUCUGCUGAAAAUAGUUUCUCUGAAUUUUGCCUGCCUAGUUUGCUCAUGGCACUGUAAAGUUUUAUGACAGAAUGGUUCCGAGCAACUUAAGUGCCCUCUUUAUUCGGAAUCAACAAACCGUCUUGUUUUCAGAUUA